AUGGUCUGGCAGAUCUGGGUGUCAGCUAUUGUUAAACUGGCCAUAACGCAGCAUUAUCUGAUAACCCUUUCCGUUCAGGCUCACUAUCAUCUGCUAAACAUGGAAUUGCGACAGGUGAUCGACGAAUGCAGGAUGUUAAGUUUCCAUCCUCAGAGGAGGGGUGCUUUUAUGACCAGAUGCUGUUCGUUGGCGGAUCAGGUGGAAAAUAUGGCCAUGUUCCAAAGUCAACUACAAUCAAUUGUGAACCAUCUGGAGAAGGUUUGCGGAAUAGAGGGCCUGAUUUUGUAUGGCGGAUACUACCUACUGUCCAUCGCAACCGCUUACAUGAUCUACAGUAUCUUUAAAAAUGGACACGAAAGUCUACAACUGACGUUCAUGUCGAUGAUUAUAUCUUUCUUUUUAUGUUUCCUUUUCUAUAUGGAUAUCAUUCUCGAUCUGAUAAAUAUAUUUAACUUACUAGACGAUCAUGACACGAUGAUACGGCAAUUGGAAGAGCGAACUCUUUUUGCCCAUACGUUGGAUGUUCGUCUGGAGCAAUCGGUCAGUUGCUUUUGGCACAAUCACGAAUAA